CAUAGUUGAAGUUGUUUACUAUUCGUGUCAAUUGUCAUUUAACCUCAAUUUUUCUCGUGGAAAUCGUAAAAAUUCAGUGUGAAUAUUUAUAAUCAAGCAAGUGAAUACAUAUAAUCAAGCGAAUAAUGAAAAGCAAAAGGGUGAAGAAAGAGCCGCUCGAUAACGUCCCUGAUGCAGGUGACAGUUGUAACUCCGAUUCAGUGGACUCUUGUAAAGCCAAAAAUGUUGAAACUUUGACGUACGAUGGAUUAUCGGUGAAACAAGAGAAAGAGACUGUGGCGCUACAGGAAAAUUCAGAGGUACAAAUUUCUAUUGAUUUUGAAUGCUGCGAUGUUAAACAAGAAUUAAAGUCAUUGUCGACUAUUACCUGCAAAACUGAGCAUCAAAGUGACUUACCUUGUGUGAAAACAGAAAAUGAAAAUCAGACCAAUGACACACAUGAAAAAAUAUUUAUAGAUUUUGAGUGCAGAGAAGUAAAAGUUGAAAUGAAGCCUUUAUCAAGAAACAUCUGCAAAACCGAGAAUCAAAGUUGUCAAUCUGUUGAAAACAUAGAUAACGAAGUUCAGCAAAAUUACUUGCAUGGAAAGAGUCUUAUAAUUCGUAUAAGAAAAGGAUAUGAUUACCAUAAUAACUGUCAAUUUCAAGAAAAGUUCCGUUUGAAGCUUAACGAAUGCGAGACCGAAAAGGAGGUAAAAAUAGUGAACCAAACCACAUUAUCGAAUAAGAAAACUUUACGUAAAAGAACUAAUAAAGAGGGAGCAAGUUUGAAAACACGUGUUAUUAAGACACACAAAUCUGAUAGAAAAUUUGAAUGUAACAUUUGUUACAAAUCAUUUGGAAACAACAGUCAUCUCAAAAGGCACGUGAAUCAAGUACAUGAGCUGAGCAAACCCUUUGAGUGUGACAUUUGUCACAAAUCAUUUCCAGAAAAACAUAGGCUUAAAAUUCACAUAAAUGGAGUACAUGGUCGGAACAAACCCUUUGAGUGUGUCAUUUGUCGCGAAUCAUUUGGAUACGUAAGUCAUCUUAGAACUCAUAUGAUAACUGUUCACGAUCGUAGCAAAUUCUUUGAGUGUGACAUUUGUCAUAGAUCAUUUGGACAAAAGAGCGACCUCAAUAAACAUGUAAGUACAGUACAUAAUCGAAGCAAACCUUUCGAGUGUGACAUUUGUCACAGAUUAUUUGGAACAAAAAGUCCCCUCAACAGACACAUAAUUGCAGUGCAUAAUCGUAGCAAACCUUAUGAAUGUAAGAUUUGUCACAAAUCAUUUGGACACAAACAUAUCCUCGAUUCUCACAUAAUUAUCACGCAUGAUCUCAGCAAAGCAUUUGAGUGUAAAAUUUGUCACAAAUUAUUUGGAAGAAAAGAUGGACUUAAAACUCACGUAGAGGGAGUACAUAAUCGCAGCAAACUCUUAGAAUGUGAAAUUUGUCGCAAAUCACUUGGAAACAAAAAUAGCCUCAAAUCUCAUAUAGAAGUAGUGCAUAAUCAUAAAAAACCCUUUGAAUGUGACAUUUGUGGCAAGUUAUAUGCAUCAAAACAACGCGUUAAAUAUCAUAUAAUUUCUAUGCAUAAUGGUAGCAAAUUCGAAUGUAAAAUUUGUCAUAAAUCAUUUGUACACAAAAGAACCCUCAAUUAUCACAUCAAUCUCACGCAUGAUCGGAGCAAAGCAUUUCAAUGUAAAAUUUGCCACAGACCAUUUGGACACAACGAUGCGCUCAAGAAGCACGGUGAUCUCAAAAAGCACAUUGAGAUGAUACAUAUACGUAAAACCUUUAAAUGUAAGAUCUGUCAAAAAUCAUUUUCAUCCAAGGCUUACGUUACUAUUCACAUUGAUGCCACACAUAAUGGUAACAAACCACACGAGUGUGAAAUUUGUCGAAAAUCAUUUGGCCAUAAAGAAAGCCUUAGAAACCACAUAGUUACAAUUCAUAAUGGUAAAAGACCCUUCGAUUGUGAGAUUUGUCACAAAGCAUUUACAUUAAGAGCGCGCCUGAAAAGACACGUCAGACAAGUACACAAUAGAAAAAAAGUGUAG